AUGUUCUUCAUCGUCCCAGAACGUAGGGCCUCGGAUACACCUCCCGGUCCGCACUCAGAGAGCCCAUCAGGGUCACCGUGUCCCGCAAAGCGCCAACGCUUGUCGCCAGAAGCUGAUGACAUGUCCGGCUAUUAUCCGAAGAGAACACCCAAGGCCUGCGACCGUUGUCGGUUGAAGAAGGCGCGCUGUCAGUGGAGCGAGGGCAAGAUAUGCAACAAAUGCAAACGAGACGGCGUUAUAUGUACAACAAAUAGGGAGUCAAAAAGAGAGCCGAAGACGCCCAAUGCUGCAUACGUCCAGCUGGUCGAGUCACAGCGAGACUGUCUCCUGCGCGCGAUCAGUAAACUCCUUGAGGACGGAUUGGUGAAAGAUAAGACUGCCAUGGCCAAAACCUUGCAAGACUUUGGGAUUCGAGCGGACGCUCUGAGGAAGGCGUCGCAACACAGGCCCGAAGACGAAGACGGCACUGACCUCAGAGACGCUGAUCUAUACCGGAAUGCUGCCGAGAUACAGGCUCUGUUGGACGAAUACGAGUCAAGUACCGGUAUUGUCGUGCAGCCUGGAUCGUUCGUUGGCCUCUCCUACAACGACGGCUUCACACCAGAGUCUGCCUUUCCAGAAUCAUCGGCAAACAUACUGCCCUCGUUGGACACUACGUUUUUGCCGUCAAUAGAUGCCGUUGACUGGCUUGUGCCCAAUGGUGCUGGGGACAGUUGGCUUCCACCUGCCGUCGACUUGGUGGCUGGCCGAUGA